UCUGAGUCUGCGCAGUAGUGUCUUCGUUCGCCGGGGCGAUCGGUCGGCUUUCAGCUGCGGUCUAGCGAAGUCACGUAGCCGUGGUUUUGCGGUGAUCAUUUAGCACAAUGGCCAGGUACCUGCGGCCCCCGAACACUUCCCUGUUCAUCAGGAACAUCUCGGACGACUCCAGGCCUGAGGAUUUGCGCCGUGAGUUCGGCCGUUAUGGGCCAAUAGUAGAUGUCUACAUUCCGGUUGACUUCUAUACACGCCGACCAAGAGGAUUUGCAUACAUUCAGUUCGAGGACGUGCGGGAUGCGGAGGAUGCACUUCACAACCUGGACAGAAAGUGGGUCUGUGGACGGCAGAUCGAAAUUCAGUUUGCGCAGGGAGACCGCAAAACACCCAAUCAGAUGAAGUCUAAGGAGAGGCGGAGUUUCUCCCGGUAUGACGACUAUGAGCGUGAUGGUCGGCGGAGGCGUUCCCGGAGCCGCAGUUACGAUAGGCGCCGCUCUCGCAGCCCGUCCUAUGAGCGGCGGCCGCGGAGGUCCGACAGCCCCAGAGACUCCUACGGGCGAUCAUAUGGGAAACACAGACGCAGCAGGAGCCGUGAAAAUGACCGGUACAGGGCCCCCCAGCGUGAGCACCAGCGCCCCCAGGGACCCCCUUCCCACAGCCGCUCCAAGUCCCGCUCCCCAUCUCACUCCAGCUCCAAGCCCAAGAAGGAGCCCGUGGCCAAGUCCCAAACCAAAUCCCGCUCCAAGUCCCUCAGCCCCGCCCCUGAGGAGUUUGGUCUGGCCUCCCGGUCCCGCGAGUCACAGAAGGAGCCUGGCCCCCAUUCGCCAUCCCGCUCGCGUUCUCGCUCCCUCUCACGAUCCCGGUCCCGUUCCAGAUCCUGGGCAGGCCGUAAGUCUGGGGGGCGCUAGCAGCCCCGCACAGCCCCGCCCUCAGUGUUUCGGUGGUUCGAUGCGGAGUAGCGCCUCUGAGCCGGACUUGCGGCGAGGUCCGGCCCGCACCCGAGCGCUUGCCUGGUCUCUUGGCGCUCCGCUUCGCCUGUCUCGUUCCCAUAUUUACCGCGGUGCGUCCCGAGGCUGUUCUGUUGGUGGCUUCUCAUGGAUGGAACUCCUCACUUGUUGACUUGGUGCCCUGUUUACCAACUAGUCUUUUUUUCUUUUUGACUAAAAUCUGAACUUGACAGUUUAAAGCUUUUAGAAUUUUUUUUAAUGCAGUCGUUCCUUUUUCUUUGAAUGUUGUUACGGUUCUCUGCUUCCAUUACCGUCAUUUCAGACCUCAAGUCUUCCACAUCUACAGUAUACAAAUAAAUAUAUAAUAACGUUUGUUUUACCUGGUUUUGUUACAUGAUAAACUUCCACUAGUUCCCUCCCCAGCGCUUUUUAUUCCUCCCUUUUACUUUUGUGGAAAAAAAAUAUUCGAUGGUUCAGUUUAACCCUUUUAGUUAAUAGUGUAAUGUCUUGGUUUUGUCCAUCUGUGCAUUUAAAGUGUGUAUUUACACAUUUGAUUACAUGCAGUUGUGGUGAGCAGUGAAAAACAUGUAUACUUCGUUACUAUGAUGGCCAUGUGAUUUCUUUUAGUAAAGUUCCUUUGGGGAAAAACUCAAUUUGCAGGAGUCUGUUAUCCAUGCAAUGUGGUCACGGCAGCUUAAGAAUGUAAGCCGACGGGGCAGGACUGCAAGGGGGUGUAACUGUAAAAUAGGCCAGAGGCCGAUUCCCCAGGGAGGGGUGACCUGUAUCAGGCUGGUAGGCACGGAAUGAGCUGCACUCUGCAAUGUUAGAUGUGCAUGGAUGGCUGUGCUUAAAGACCACAUACUGCUGUUCGGUGAUUCAUAGGGCAUCAGCAUGUUCUGUGAUGGAUGGCCGAAAUGGACCGAGGGGGGGGUUUGGUCUGACCCCAAUCGGUCUGAAGGCAGCAAGGAUGCUUAGCAGGACUUAACAGUGCAGAAUGUGCCUGCACGUGAUCCUACGCCGGAGGCGAUCGCCCAGGCAUGAAAAUGAAACCCUGCCGCACCCACCAAGCAUCAACCUAAGGCAGCACUAAGACUCGACUGACACCUCAUGGGAAACGACCAGGCCUGCAGUGUUAACAGUGACGGUGCAUUAUUGCUAGUGAUGACAGUCUCAGUUUGCGACAGGGAUAUUACACGAUGAGCCAGUGCCGUGAUAUCCUCUACUAGUAUUUUCCUUGAACUUUCCUUCAAUAAAUCAAAUGAUCAUUUUAAAACUCUAGUGUUUACACUCAGGUUGUCUUCUGUAUCAGUGUAAAGAUCAGAAAAUAAAGUUAUGAGAAGCAAAA